AUACGCACUGAGACGACAAUUCCAGCAAGCAACCGAGUGAUAAGACAUCACUGAAGCAUCGCAACAAGAGUGAGAACACUACAACUUGUGCACUCGCCAGGAGAAACCUCUAAACUACACGUAUCCUGGAUAAGAUAUAUCGAUUAAAGGAACGUGUGCGGUCUCAGGAAGUUUUAGCAGCGUCCAGUAAAAUAAGAUGAUGGAAGAAUUUGUAGGAUGUGAAGAUAAAGUUCUCCAUAGUGGUAAUGAUGAUACAAAGUUUACAUGCUGGAGACCAUUCUCACUCGACUCACUCCCAGUUGUUGAAGGGUUUAGUUCAUAUGAAGAGUUUCACGAUAUAGUAAGAACUGUGCACAUGGAUGACUAUCGAGAGAUACGGAGAAUCGGCAAAAUGAAACCAUAUUGCUUGACAAAACACACUCACACACACCUGCUAAAGAAACUACCAGAUCUGUGUGGGCUCUGGUAUGGCAUCAGCGUCCCCGAUGAUGGUCAGAAUAACUGGUACGGAAAUGUCAGCUUUACUGUAAACUUCAGGAGUUUCCUUCAGAAAAUUAAAAAUUAUAAUAUCUAUUUCAUGGAAGUUGUUGAUUAUAGUGCGAGCAAUGCAACGAGACUUUUGAUAACAAAUAAAAUGCUCCCGCUUCCCAGCUACGACCCGCACAGCUAUGGAGGUCCAUGGUACUCCCAAGAUGGCAGAGACUGGUUUCUUACUGACUGUCGCAGGUACGAUCGUAAAUAUAAUAAAUAUGGUCACAAAGUUGAAUUUUUUCUCGAACUUUCUGAUCACCAACGUGCUUCUUUGCUGGACAUGUCAUCAGUAGAUCCCGUCAACCAUUCUGACGCUAAUAAUAAUCAGACCAAGCAUAAAUGCAGGAAAUUCGGAUCGGGUCAAAAGUUUAAUACCGGUGAGUGCCCUUUUCCAUAUUCCGUAGAGGAAACUCGAGAGAUAUUAAUAAGCUAUGAUUACUAAACUAA